AUGACCCUUGGACUCUGUGUAUACCACAACAACUGCGGGAACGGUGGUUUCUUGACCAUUGGACAAUGUAGUAGGGCAAACGGUGGUGUAUUGAACAGUAACUUCACUGGUAUAGUAUGCACUUUCAAUUGGGAUGGUUUUAGUGUAUACUUGUUGUUGUUCAUUGGUGUACACCUGGAUACCAGCAGAUGUGGUUAUGACUUCUCCCUGUGGCAAAGUAGUUGGAUAGGUGGUGACAUAUUGAAUGACUUCAAUAGUUUCGGCUCCUAUUUCACCAGUUGGAACAGUCUUGGUAAUGGUAUGGCCUUGUUCAUUUGUAGUCACAUAAGUAGUAACUGCUUCACCUGGAACAGUUUUAGUAAUUGUGUACCCUUGUUCAUUUGUAGUCACAUAGGUAACAACUUCUCCACCAGGGACAGUCUUAGUGAUGGUAUGCCCUUGUUCAUUUGUAGUCACAUAAGUAGUAACUGCUUCACCUGGAACAGUUUUAGUAAUUGUGUACCCUUGUUCAUUUGUAGUCACAUAGGUAACAACUUCUCCACCAGGGACAGUCUUAGUGAUGGUAUGCCCUUGUUCAUUUGUAGUCACAUAAGUAGUAACUGCUUCACCUGGAACAGUUUUAGUAAUUGUGUACCCUUGUUCAUUUGUAGUCACAUAAGUAGUAACUGCUUCACCUGGAACAGUCUUAGUGAUGGUAUGCCCUUGUUCAUUUGUAGUCACAUAAGUAGUAACUGCUUCACCUGGAACAGUUUUAGUAAUUGUGUACCCUUGUUCAUUUGUAGUAACGUAAGUAGUAGCUUCUUCGCCUGUAAUUGUCUUGGUAAUUGUGUAACCCUGUUCGUUGGUAGUACAGUACACGAUGACUUCGGAUGUAAUGGUUCUUGGUUGUGUCAACGUAGUUUCGAUGGUGGUGGUAUAUUUGGCAACUUCGGUGACUGGAACUGGGAUCGUCUUGGUAACAACAACUUGUUGCUCAUUGGUAGUAACAAUAACAGCACAGGUCUCAACAACAGUUUCUCCGAUGGUUUGAGUAGUGUAAACAGUCUUUGUGUAAUGUUUGGUGUAUAA